GGCCAGUUGCCGGGUAACAGAGCGGAGCGGCUCCCGGCGCGCCGCCUCCCGCCCUCUGCCGAGUGGCGCUGGGACCGCCGCUGCUUUACGUAAGGCGCAGGCCAGGGCCGCCUGGCGCUCGGCAGCCGCCCGCAGCCCCUCGCAGCGAGAGGAGAGGCGCCCCCGCCGGCCGCCGCGCCGCCCGGCAGCUUCGGCAGGUUCUGCCGGAGACUUCCAUUUGGCCUCAAUGUGAAAUUAAAGUAGAAAUUCAUAUCUACAUGUUUGUUGCUAUCAGGAAGAUUCAUUGGUCAUGUGUGAAGAGGGAAAUUCUAUUUUAGAUGGCUGACCACCAGCAAAAAUAAAUGCUUAUCCUCGAUGUCAAGCAUCUCUCCUUUUUACUGGAGUGAAAAUCCUCUCCAGAUACCAACAGAAUAUCAACGAAGGAAAAUGCUUCGCACUUUAAGGAUGUCAGCAACCUAAAUUCAUGCCCCUAUCUGUACAGUUGUUGUGGAUGGUUUGCCAUCUGAAAGCUCCUCAAGUUCUUAUCCAGGCCCUGUGUCUGUUUCUGAAAUGUCUCUGCUUCAUGCUUUGGGUCCAGUGCAGACCUGGCUGGGACAAGAGCUGGAGAAAUGUGGCAUUGAUGCCAUGAUUUAUACUCGGUAUGUCCUCAGUCUUCUACUGCAUGACAGCUAUGAUUACGACCUGCAGGAACAGGAGAAUGACAUCUUCCUGGGCUGGGAAAAAGGAGCUUGUAAGAAAUGGGGAAAGAGUAAGAAAAAGUGUUCAGAUCUAACUCUAGAAGAAAUGAAAAAACAGGCUGCUGUCCAGUGUCUUCGAUCUGCUUCUGAUGAAGACCAAAGUUGCUGCAAAAUGACUAACCUUCCACUCAUGGUUAAGAGCUCUGGUAUCGAGACUUUAGUGGAGGAACUGUGCUCCAGACUAAAAGACCUUCAGAGUAAGCAAGAAGAGAAGAUUCACAAAAAGUUAGAAGGGUCUCCCUCUCCAGAGGCAGAAUUGUCCCCUACAGCGAAGGAUCAAGUGGAAAUGUACUAUGAAGCAUUCCCACCACUCUCUGAGAAACCAGUUUGCCUGCAAGAAAUCAUGACUGUGUGGAACAAGUCUAAAGUCAGUUCUUACUCUAGCUCCUCUUCAUCGUCCACAGCCCCUCCAGCUAGCACAGGGACAUCCUCUCCCAAGGACUGCAACAGUGAAGGUGAAGUCAUCAAGGAAAGAGGCAGUGAAGUCCCCAUCACUGUGCCUGAGAAAACCCAGGGCAAAAGUAAAAAUGAGAAGGAGAACAAAUUCAGUAACGGCACAGUCGAAGAAAAGCCUGCUUUGUACAAAAAGCAAAUCCGACAUAAACCUGAAGGAAAGAUUCGCCCUCGCUCAUGGUCUUCCGGCUCUAGUGAAGCAGGCUCAAGUUCAAGUGGCAAUCAAGGAGAAUUAAAAGCAUCCACAAAAUAUGUUAAAGUAAGACACAAGGCACGAGAGAUUCGAAACAAAAAAGGGCGGAAUGGGCAAAGCAGGCUCUCAUUAAAGCACAGCGAAAAGGCUGGAAGGAGCAUCCACACAGGAAGCAGCAGCAGCGGCAGCAGUGGUCCCGUCACACAGCUGUGCAGGCGGGCGAAGCGGCCACUGAGAGAAGCAGGGAGGAAGGAGCCUGGCGGUGCUGAUGGGAAAGACCUGUACACGGAGAGCAGGAGUGACAGGGAGUACAAAGAGGAGCCGCUGUGGUACACCGAACCAAUUGCUGAGUACUUUGUUCCUUUGAGCAGAAAAAGUAAACUAGAGACCACAUACCGAAACAGACAAGAUACAAGUGAUCUGACAUCAGAGGCAGUGGAAGAAUUGUCUGAAUCAGUGCAUGGUCUUUGUAUCAGCAGCAGUAACAUUCAUAAAACAUACCUCGCAGCAGGGACCUUCAUUGAUGGUCAUUUUGUAGAAAUGCCUGCAGUUAUAAAUGAGGAUAUUGACCUCACUGGGACCUCAUUGUGUUCUCUACCAGAGGACAGUAAAUAUCUGGAUGAUAUUCAUCUAUCAGAAUUAACACACUUCUAUGAAGUAGAUAUUGAUCAAUCCAUGUUGGAUCCUGGUGCCUCAGAAACAAUGCAAGGAGAAAGUCGGAUUUUGAAUAUGAUUCGACAAAAAAGUAAAGAGAAGACAGAUUUUGAGGCAGAAUGUUGCAUAGUGUUAGAUGGUCUGGAGUUGCAAGGGGAACGUGCAAUAUGGACAGAUUCUACCAGCUCCGUGGGUGCUGAGGGCUUAUUCCUGCAAGACCUUGGCAAUCUGGCUCAGUUUUGGGAGUGCUGCUCAUCUAGCUCUGGCGAUGCUGAUGGAGAGAGUUUUGGAGGAGAUUCUCCUAUCAGACUCUCUCCAAUCUUAGACAGCACAAUGCUCAAUUCACACUUGCUUGCUGGCAAUCAAGAGCUAUUUUCAGAUAUUAAUGAAGGAUCUGGUAUAAACUCUUGUUUUUCAGUGUUUGAAGUGCAAUGCAGUAAUUCUGUUUUACCAUUUUCUUUUGAAACACUCAACUUAGGAAAUGAAAAUACAGAUUCUAGUACUAAUAUGCUUGGGAAAACACAGUCUAGAUUGCUAAUAUGGACCAAAAAUAGUGCCUUUGAAGAAAAUGAACACUGUUCUAAUCUUUCAACAAGAACUUGUAGUCCGUGGUCCCAUUCAGAAGAAACACGUUCGGAUAAUGAGACAUUAAAUAUUCAGUUUGAAGAAUCCACACAAUUUAGUGCAGAAGAUAUUAAUUAUGUAGUUCCUAGAGUCUCAUCAAAUUAUGUAGAUGAAGAACUUCUGGAUUUUUUGCAAGAUGAAACUUGCCAGCAAAACAGUAGAAGUUUAGGUGAAAUUCCUACGUUAGUUUUCAAAAAAAAAUCUAAACUAGAAUCUGUCUGUGGUAUUCAGCUAGAACAAAAAACAGAAAACAAAAACUUUGAAACUACACCAGUAUGUAGUGAAAGCAGUCCACAUGGAGAUGGCUACAGCUCAGGGGUUAUUAAAGACAUUUGGACAAAGAUGGCAGAUAGAAACUCUGUGGCUACAGUAGAAAUAGAAGGAAUUGAUGAGUUGUUUUCAACAGAUGUAAAUAACUCCUGCUGCUGUUUGGAUGCUGAAGCUAACGUGGAAACCCUUCAGGAGCCCAAUAAGGCUGUGCAGAGGUCCGAGUAUCAUCUGUGGGAGGGGCAGAAGGAGACCCUGGAGAAAAGGGCAUUUGUUUCUGGUGAGCUAUCGAAGGCUGAUGGUGGCGAUUAUACUACACCCUCUAGACCUUGGGAUGUAUCCCAAGAUAAAGAGAAUGCUUUCAUUCUUGGAGGAGUUUAUGGAGAACUCAAAACCUUUAAUAGCGAUGGGGAAUGGGCGCUGGUGCCACCUAGUCACACAAAAGGAAGUUUGUUACAGUGUGCAGCUUCCGACGUAGUGACAAUAGCUGGUACAGAUGUCUUUAUGACCCCAGGAAACAGUUUUGCUCCUGGUCACAGGCAGUUAUGGAAACCCUUCGUGUCAUUUGAACAGAAUGAGGAGCCGAAGAGUGGAGAAAAUGGAUUAAAUAAGGGAUUUUCUUUUAUCUUCCAUGAAGACUUACUAGGAGCUUGCGGUAACUUUCAAGUUGAAGAUCCUGGACUUGAAUAUUCUUUCUCUUCCUUUGACUUAAGCAAUCCAUUUUCACAGGUUCUUCAUGUAGAAUGUUCAUUUGAACCCGAAGGGAUUACAUCUUUCAGCCCCAGUUUUAAACCGAAAUCAAUCCUCUGCUCUGAUUCAGACAGUGAAGUUUUUCAUCCCAGGAUAUGUGGAGUUGACAGAACACAAUACAGGGCUAUUCGCAUCUCUCCUAGGACUCACUUUCGCCCCAUUUCUGCAUCUGAACUGUCCCCAGGAGGAGGAAGCGAGUCAGAAUUUGAAUCUGAGAAAGAUGAAGCAAAUAUUCCCAUUCCUUCUCAAGUUGAUGUAUUCGAAGAUCCACAGGCAGAUCUCAAACCUCUAGAAGAAGAUGCAGAGAAAGAAGGCCAUUACUAUGGAAAAUCAGAGCUUGAGUCUGGAAAAUUCCUCCCCAGGUUAAAAAAAUCUGGAAUGGAAAAGAGUGCUCAGACAUCACUGGAUUCUCAAGAGGAAUCAACGGGGAUUCUUCCAGAAGGAAAGCAAAAUCAGUGUUUGGAAUGUAACAUGAAUGAAUCUCUGGAAAUAAAUUUAGAAAGCUCAGAAGCAAAUUGUAAAAUAACGGCACAAUGUGAGGAAGAAAUUAAUAAUUUUUGCAGUUGCAAAGCAGGUUGUCAGUUCCCUUCUUACGAGGAUGAUCCAGUCUCUUCAGGACAUCUGGAGGAGGUAUGUGCCUACAUGUUUGUAUUUGACAGAAGGAUUUGAUCAGACUUUAAUUCAAGAACAGCCAUAUCAGGCAACAAAAGAAAGACAGGAUUAAAUUAUUGGGAAACUAGCUUAAAUGUCUUAAAAUGUAUCAUUAAGGUUUUACAUUUAAAGACUUAAGAUGAAUUUGAUGUUCAUAAAUUUGAACUAAACUCUACACUUUUUCUGCAGAGAAGGCAUUUAAAGAUCCCUGUAUGUAGAUUCUUCUGUGUUGUUUUAAUAUAUGUGUACUAUACUUAAUGUAAGCACUUAGUGUAAACACUGCAUUGGGAAGGGGCUGCUAGUAAAGAGUUUUCAGUAGCUAGCCUCUCUGCCUCUUAGGUGUUGAUAAGUUUAUUAAAACUUGUGUUUUAGGCUCGGUGCCUGUG